AUGUGGAAUGCAGCCGGUAAUAACAUGGUCGUGGGGACGGAUAUGACAGUGGACACAUCAUCUACAGCUACAAACUUGUUUACUGUAACUUCGACCGGCCAAAACAAACUCCGGCGGCCAGUAUACACUAGCUUCAAGGGUAAAAGCUACAGUACUUCUCUUCUAUUCUAUGUAGUAUUAUUAACAGAGAAUUAAUCUCGAAUUAAUUAAUUAUUGAAUUUGUUUGUGAAUUGAGUAAUUCUGUAAGCACUGUAUCCGAGAAUAGUUUAAGCUGAAGUUAAAAACAAAACAAAAAAAAACAAAAACAAAAACGAAUAAGAAACAAACAAACAAACAACAGCAGCUACAGUGACAACAAUUAAAAAAUUUAACAACAUUAACAAAAAAAAAUUUUGCAAAAGGCUAGGGUUCCUAAACAAAUGAAGGAGUUCUGAAGUUAGGUCGACGUGUCUUGAAUGAAGAUUAGGCUUUAUCAGUAAAGGCUAGGGAAGGUUCCCAGUAUCAGGAAAGCAUUAAAAAGAGUAGCACUGGGUACUUCUGAGCACACCCUUAUGAUGUGGAUAGCUUUCAAGUACAGCUGGCUUCCUCUCAUCGCUUCUGGCAGUUACUCGGCCAUGGAUUAAUUACCGAACGUAUUCCACAAGAACCUCAGGUCCACGCUUCACGAUUGGCCAGAAAAUGUCUUGGCGAGAGUUGCUCCCCAGUAACUCUCCUUCAGAUGGAAAAACCGGAAAUUCUGUUUGAAAACAAAUACCUUGCGUCACCUAUUUUCAGUUAGUCUAGCGUCAGACAAUAUAGUUGACAUUCGAGGCGAUGCAAGUUUUCUACUCUUCUUUAAGUCUUACCAUGCAUCUGAUUUGAAUAUACUGCGUAACGGGUCCUUCACCUAAAAGGUUAAACAAUUAAUUGUUAAAUACUUAUGCACGAGAUUUCCAACUGCCGUGGGUGUGUUAGUGAUAAGCAAUAGUUUCGUCCGUGAACACUCCGUUCCGACUGGCUUUUCCCAGGUCUUCGAGAAUCCCUCCUAAGGAUUUCGUAAGACCAGUUACUGAUGUCUAGGAGGUAAAUUUAAAUGUCGUGUCAUUCCAGGUUUAUGAACCACGACCAAUCAAUAUUUUCGUGCCAGGAGAAGAUACUUAUCUUGUUUUGCGAGAAAUCCUACUGACUAUGGAGGUAAACGUUUGGCAGUAGACAGUUACCGACAGGUAUGACAACUUCUGCAAAGGAGGUUGGCUGCACCACAUCAUUUGCCAGCGUCUUACGUGUAUGUGCAUCGUAUUUGCUUUCUUGGAACUAACUUAGUUUUAACAUUCUGCUAAAGCCCUUCUAGAUAACUACAUUUCAGACGCGAAAAAGCCAAAAAUUCCUGCUUCACAAAAGGCACUAGAGGAGGACAACUUCAUCGACACUAUCGCCGUCGCAGGAGGUCCCGUAGAUAUUGCUUUCAACUAUCUGAAGACCAAUGGAAAGACUACAGCAACAGUAAGAUUUGUUUUAUUGAAUUUUUGGUCUUCACUCUUCUCCGAAUGACUAGAAGCGUGGAGGAAGCGUUGUGCGGAAGCCAUCCUGCACGUGCACCUUUUCUUUUAAAGCACUGACUUCUUCCAACUUUUCUUGAUUGGCACAAGGUAUGAUAUUAGAAAUAAUUUCUUUCCUAGCGUGAGUUAAACCAUGUUGGCUAGAAGCUCAAGGUAACAAAAGUGAUUCAGCUAAAACUGUCCGGUCACAGCUGUUGAAGGUUGAACCAACAACGCAAUUUUCAGGUUCCCUGUCUUUAGCAUUUAUGUUUCACUGAUUUUCUUGACUGUUGGUUUUCUUGUUAUCUGCAAACUCCAAAAGGACCUAAACGCUUUUAAUUCAACAUUGAAGACGAUGUGGUUUACUAAAUACGCAAAAGGAGGAGGCGUACCGCAUUAUUCUGGAUUUGAGCAUACAUUUGUUGGUAGGCAUAUUGCCACACAAAGAAAUCGGUUUUAAGGCCAUGUAGAUGUAACCUUCUGCCACCACAUCCAGUCUCACAACUCACGCAAAAUACUUUAUGGUUUUGUAUAAAUCCAGAGCUUAUAACUUAUUUACUUAUAGCCUGUGCCAGCCUCUCGGUCAGUGCAGACGAGCGAAAAAUGCGGGCAAACAGUGAAAAAACGAGCGAGCGAGCGAAAAAUUACGGGGAGAGAAGGGGAGAUCCUGUAAGCAUCUUUACAAAUACCACAGUCCGCCUACUUUCAGAAAAAUCGUUUCUCGUAUCAAAAUGUCAAAAUGUUCGCGCACGCUCGCUUUGUUUUCUCUUUGUCUCUGCUUGCGCGAAGCCAAGCUGGGGCUUUCCACAAGUUGCUCGGUAACUUUUUGACAACUUUCAGUAUUUCGAGCAACGUUUUGCAUUCUGAGCAAUUUUCUCUAGUUUUCAACCAAUUCUGAAAUAUCUGAGCAGCUUUUAGUGCUCAAAAUUGACCUUGUUUCCAUACUUCACAAUGUUUUAGUAGACAAUUUAUGAAUUUCCUGUGAAAAAGGAGCCAGAUCCUCUCCCCGCUCCCCCGCUCCCCCGCUAGGGCAGAUCAUGGGCGCAAGGUUCAUGCAGCCGGGCUGCUAGGUUAGCGUUUUUUUUUUUUGAAGAAAAUUAAAAAUGACGGAUGAAGAUUCCCACUCGACUGACACAAGUGUCUCAAGUGCGGUGAGGAAGGUCUUUCUGACAACAAUUUCAUUGGCUCAUAACAGAAGUUUUACAAGAUUAAUACUAAUAUUGAUACGUGGGUUAAGGGCUCCUGAUUACGCUGCAAAGUUACAUUAAAAUGCUUAGAAAUCUUACUUUUGUCGUACAUUUUGCAUAUUUUUGCAUCAGACUAAAUAAAGAAAGAGAGCAGCAAAAACAGGUUUUUGUUUUUUUGAGUAACUUUUGAGCAACUUUCGUUACAAAAAGCAACUUUUGAUUUUUUUUUAGAAACUUUUGAGAAACUUUUUGAGAAGUUACGGGAAACUUUUUAGGAAAUCUCGAGCAACUUGCACGUGGAAAGCCCUGGAGUAUGUCUCGUGUGAAGAAGGUUAUUCAACAAUUUUAGUGGCUCAUUACAUUGUUUGGUUUUAAUUGAGGACAAAGUUAUUCAGCAACACUGGUUACGCCACAAAAUUGCAAAGAAUGCUUAGAAAUCUUACUUUUGUUGUGCACUUGUAUAUUUUAGCAUCAGACCUAAAAAGGUCUAAAAAAGCAACUUUUGAGCAACGUUUUGAGAAAUUCCGAGAAACUCUUUGGAAAAUCUCGAGCAACUAGCGGAAAGCCCUAUGCGAUUGAUGUGGUUGACAUAAAUUGUCAAAAUUGAUCAAUCAUAAAGGGUAUACCGGGAGCUGGUAUACCGGAAUGAGGUGUUGAAAACAAUGCUUACUCUUCAGCUUCCCCGUGAUUUUCGCGCAACUUUUCUCGAUGCGCUCUCUCUAAUAUUUUGGAACCUGGAACAGGCCGAAAAUGGCGUUAUCACAGACCUGUCCAUGUUUAGACACCCUCCCACGAAAAUGGACCAAACUUGUGUAUAUCCGGAGCAUGAAAUAUGAAAAAGAUUAGGAAAUGUUUCUGAAUAGAGACAAACAGUUUAAGCUUUUAACCAGUAAUGGUCUGUGCCUUUUUUUGCUGACAAGUCAGUUUUGUGGAACUAUUUAUGGCAAGCGAGAAUAAUAGGUUAUGGUCUAGAUUCGCGCCAAAAUAGACAAGAAUACGUCGAGACGGCCUUCGAACCAGAAAUUCGGCUAUUUCGUUUUCGGAUAGCCAUGAACUCUUUCCACAAUUGUUUCAGUUCAUUCAUGCAUUAAACAGCUAAGCUGCAGCGCUGCUGCCUGGAAACGAGGCUGAUAUUUUAUAUACCUUCGAAUGAGUUGAUUAUUACCCGGCUUUUGAAAUAUGGUAAGCUCCACGUGGUUAUGAAGCAUUUAGCCGGGGGAUUGGGGCCAAUCAGAAACGGUGAAAUAUUUUAGGGUAUAGUGUUACUUCCAACUAUUGAAAGGCAACACUCGGCUGCAGGCCAGAGAUCUUUUAAAUCACACAAACAAACAAAAAAAAGGAAGGAAAAGAAUAGAAAAGACAAACAUCAUUACGUGAAAAAAUCUAAAUAUACAUUUACCCGUACAUCCAGUGCGGUCUAAAUGGAUAAGUAAUGCUUUGUUUACAAUCCUGGACUGCCACAAUCUCUGUUAAAUGAGGACGGUUUUGAAUAAAUUGCUUCAUCAGGUGAACUGGACGUCGACAAAAAGGUAUUUCAAGGUCUUCACAACUGGUACCAGUUUCUUCUUGAACAGACCGCAGGUAGACUGGCUUACUCUCCACCCCCAAAGAAUGUUGUGGAUACGACUAAAAAGGUAAGGGUUUAAUCUGAAAGGACUGUGAGAUGUCAGGAUGAUAGUAUUCAAACAUGGUCAAUAGAGAGACGCUUCACUAAAACAAUCUAUCCUUCACUAGAACUUUAGAGUAGCUGUUUUCGGUAAGUAAAUGUCUGUCUCGAAAUCCCCCUCGCGUUACACGGCCUCAUUAUCAGUCAGGGGAGUUUCCGAAAGAGACAUUUCGCACAUUCAGGAUAAGUGAAACUUCCUCGGAUUUGUAGAGGUAGAACAUGAUACGUUUUUUGCAUCAAAUGGAAACACGGAAAAAUCCGAGACCCAGAUGGGAUUCGAACCCACGACCCUCCGUGACCAAGUCGAAUGCUCUAACCACUGAGCUACUGGAGAUUCGAUGGCGAGAAAGGGUGAAAUUUGGGUCUUUGACUAGAGCUGCAUCACGCGAUCAGACCGGUGGCCUAUUAAAUUUUGCCAGAUUUUGCCCCAUUGUUAGGUAAUCCGAAUACCGGUAUCCUGGGAUUUAAAAACCAGAAAUCAGUUGAAGAAAUCCAGCUUCCUGCUAAGAAUUGGAAUCCAGAAUCCAAUUUUCAAUGACAAGUGAUCCGGAAUCCACGAUGGGGAGGCCAGAAUCCAAGACAAUUUUGGACUACCUUUUAUGGGGCGAUAUAUUAUGAGCGUAAUUGUGCGCUCUUAUUAUCAUUAAGUGAUAUCACUGUUGCUUGUUUGCAGCCACCCUUUAUAAACGUCCAGUUUACUUGGAAUGGAUAUAGUAAGCCACCGGGUAGCAGCUUUUACGUGGGCACAAGUCCUGCAUUUGAAGUGGCGCUUUACACAGCAUGCUUCUUUGGUGAGCCAGGUGACUGCACCUGCAGUGUGGACCGAAAGCAGCUUAAGAUAAAGACCAUCAACUUUAAAAAUGCUGGAAUGGUGCUCACCUCUUAUCCUGUAGCAUAAGUCCUUCAGAAUGAUUUAUUAUUACCACGAUGUAGAACAAAAAGAAAUUUGAUUCAUGUACGUAUUAUACUCCAUAUGUAGGCAAACAAAAAGAAGAAGCAAUAAAGUGCAACUAAACUUAUCCAAACUCUGCUUACAUUUUUCUGUUGAGAAUUCCCUUUUUAUUUCCUUUUUUUAGUCUCUGGAUUUUCUCUUCUAAGAGAUGGAAAAAUGCGGACUUUUCCAACUGAAAGCACUUUAUUUGUGGAGAAAGGCUGUUUGAAGGAACUACUACACAAUAAUAUUCCUAACGUGUUUUGCGUAAACUACGCUCUUGAAUUCUAUGAUUAUAAUCACUUGCCAUGACAUAAUGGAGAAUGNGGGGAGGCCAGAAUCCAAGACAAUUUUGGACUACCUUUUAUGGGGCGAUAUAUUAUGAGCGUAAUUGUGCGCUCUUAUUAUCAUUAAGUGAUAUCACUGUUGCUUGUUUGCAGCCACCCUUUAUAAACGUCCAGUUUACUUGGAAUGGAUAUAGUAAGCCACCGGGUAGCAGCUUUUACGUGGGCACAAGUCCUGCAUUUGAAGUGGCGCUUUACACAGCAUGCUUCUUUGGUGAGCCAGGUGACUGCACCUGCAGUGUGGACCGAAAGCAGCUUAAGAUAAAGACCAUCAACUUUAAAAAUGCUGGAAUGGUGCUCACCUCUUAUCCUGUAGCAUAA